AUGGGUGUUUCUCAACAGCCUCUUCUUGAAUCCCUUGAAUUUCUCAACAAAUUGCUCAAACAAUCCCAAGCCAGGAGAAAAUGGUCUUCCCAAGUUAGCAGCAUGAAAAGAGGGCAUAUCAAGAACAUAAAAUCAAGAAGAAUUUUAAUGAAGAGGAGGGCAGUUCUGGAUCGUUCCCGGAGGCCGGUUGGCCCGGCCAGAAACCAGAUUGAAAGGAAGGUAAAAACCCUGAAGAAACUUAUUCCAAACUGUGACUCAAUGAGAUUGGAUAGGCUUUUUAGAGAGACAGCAGAUUACAUAAUAGCUUUGCAAAUGAGAGUUAAAGUCAUGCAAAUUAUGGUCAAUGUAUUUUCAGGUUCUGAUGACUGA